AUGUCGCCGUUGAAUGCUGGCGGUGAUGGCAAUUUAUCAGCAAGUAACGAAGGACCCGAAUCGAGGGGUCCAGACCAGAACCGAUCGACGAGAAACAUUACUGUUGCAAUUCAAUAUGCACUUGUGAAUGGGCUUGCCGUUGGAGGGUCUCGUGAAAACGGUGCCGCUGAAUCAGCCGGUGAUGGUGGUGCAACGAACCAGCAAAGACUAGGUGGUGGUGCGGCUGACGGGGUUUUCGUUUUGAAUUUUACCGACGUUCCAGAAACUACGACUCGAGAAAGGUUUGAUGAGGUGAUCGCGUUGGCCGCGGAGGUGGCAAUGAACCGGUUGACGAGACGAUUAGGCAGGAUGCGGGGGAUCUCGAAGGAAGCGUUUGACGCGCUACCCGUAUUGAAGGCGAGCCAAAUGAAAGACGAAGUUUGCAGCAUAUGUUAUGACAGUUUUGAGGAAGAGAUGAGCAGUAGCGAGGACAAAGUCGAGAACGACGAUGAUGACGAAGGGGUCAUGAAGCGUGCCCGAGAGGAAGACGAAGAGGCAGGUUUGACGGUCAAGAGAUCAAGAUCAGAACCCGCACAAGAAAGUAUAGAAACAAUGUCAUCAGAACAGCGUCCCAUCGACACCACGUCCGCCGACAAUCAAGAUACCAAUCACAUUGCAAGAGAGGCUAAAAAGUUGACCACUGCCCCUGAAUAUAAGCAUUCUCCGUUGCAACUCUCGUGUGGACAUAUUUUCGGUAGAGACUGCAUCAGACAGUGGACCAAAGAACACAAUAGCUGUCCCAUUUGCAGAUCGCCUAUCGUUGGUCAGGAGGGCCUCAAUAGAGACGUUGGUGAAGAGGAUGCGGAGACAGGCAUAUCUUUCGACAGAAUUGGCGCCUCGGGCGGCUUGGGAGCCGCAAACAAUAACUUUCUAUUCGGAAGGGACUCACCUCUGAAUAACGAUAAUCCCAGUCGGCCAGAACAUGCUGCGGUUCCCACGCCGAAUACUACAGGAGACCAAAAUGAACCUCCCGCGAGACCUGUAUUUAGAAGACACGGUUUCGGUUUGGUACCCAUCACAUUUGUGAAUUUGCAUCGUGCUCAGCGAGAGAGUCUCAAUCUGUCUCAGGAUGACGUAGCGGGCUCAAAUGCUGAGCCCGGAGCGAAUGAGCCAAGUGCUGAAAUUCAGCGGCAGCCAACCGGUGGACAGGAAAAUGAUAGACUUUUCAACAUUCUCGAGCAUCUCUUCGGAUUGUCUAACGCACACAGACCCCAGUCUGCGUUUCCAACCGCACCUACGAACUCUAACGAUACCCAAGAGCCUAGGCAAAACUUCGGGGAGCAGCCAGAAAACCGAACUCAUCGAAGCCAAAUUUUCAACAAUCUUUUCAGAUUUGCGCGUAAUUUGAGGAACACCUACACGUCUCCUAAUCAGCAGCCGCAUGCUUCUGCGGAUGGAGCUUCUGAAAUAUUCAACACAGGCGUUGCGAGCUACAGGAACCCAGGUGGUGUUUCUACUCUACAAUUCAAUCGCGAGAUGCCAACGCCAGCUGACAUGCCUCAGCUAAAUUCAGCUCGCGGAGAUCUGAACUCACAGCAGGAUUCGUCACGACCUGAACGUGAACAUCCAGACGAUUUUUCAGGCAGUAGUCCAGAAACUCAUCAGGAUCGGCAAGGCGCCUAA